ACCAUACAAGCCAUACAUAUGUGAUUGCAUCGUCAGACAGAUUCAGGAUUAACACAUACUUUCACGUAUUUUUCAAGCACGGAAUAAAAUAUUUCAAAUAAUAAUAUCAUAGGUAAUAUUUCAAAUUAGCAGCAAUUUUUACUACAUAAAUGAACCCGUUGUUUUGUAGUUUUGUUACUCAUUAGCUAAAUUCUUCUUGUCCGUCUGUCAGACAGAACACACAGAGCCACAGAGGGGACACACAGACUCUGUCUGUUAACGACUUUUUUGAUAAAAAACGACCAGCUCCAUUUUUUAAUAAAUUAAUAGCAGGGUUGCUAUCGGUAACACAAAAUAGUCCCAAAAAAUUCAUUCAAAACGCACCGAUGGUGCAGCAUAGUUGAAAAAAUUAUACCAUGUGUAUUUAGACCUAAAUUAUUCAAAAUUAUGUAUCUCACUUCCUUGCAAACGUACAGUAAAAUAUUAGGGAGUAUUAUAUUCGCUUAUUUCUGCACUAUUGGUGCAAAAUUGUAUACAAAUGAUGGAUCUAGUGUGUCAGAUUGUUCUGCACUUUUGACCUUAUCUCAUCCAAGCGACAUGGCGUUAUCAUCCCCACUAAAAACUGCCAUCGUAUUGGGUGGAUCUGGUACCGUGGGUUCCGGCAUUGUCAAAGCCUUGGCAAAUUGCCCCCUCUACGAGAAAGUCACCCUGCUCGGCCGCAGCCGUAUCGAACUUCCUGAGACCGAAAACUAUGCAAAAUUUACCCAGACAACGAUGGAUUUUGAAAAUAUUUCGUCCCAAGGUGCACUUUUUGCCGGAUUUUCAACAGCUUUUUACGCCAUUGGCGUUUCUCAGAACAAAGUAGAUGAGGAAACGUAUCGCAAAAUCGAGUUGACCAAUGCCCUGGCUAUUGCCACUCUGAUGAAAGAGGCCUCAAUCCCGGAUAUUCAUUGGGUAACGGGGGGAGGCUCGAGCAAAAAUUCACUCUUUUUGUUUGGCAGGGUAAAAGCGGAAGUUGAAGAAACAAUUGGAAAAAUGGGGUUUCGUCGAGUGAUAAUUUAUCGACCAGGGGGAAUUUUGGCCGACAAGUCAAGUUCUAUGGGACCCAAGACGACCACGGUGCUCCGAGCAGUUGACCCAUUCCAUUUGAUGUCCGUUGAAGCCGAACUCUUGGGCGAGGUGAUGGUGGGGAAUUCUAUUAAAGAGAUGGAAGGGGAGGGUAAUGAGAUGAAAAUUCUGGAAAAUUGUGCCAUCAAUAAGAUCGGGAAGGACUUGAAGAGACCGGAGAAUUGAAGAAAACUGUCCUUUGUUGUGUAUUUAGCUGACUUUGAUCCAAAUAUAUUAACACCAAUGUACAUAUGUGCAUAUAUAUUUCAUAUAUUAUUACACAAAAUUUGACACUAUCAAA